CAACGAAAGAACCAGACGAAUCCAGCGAUUGUGAAUCAAAAGUGUAUAUCAAUACGAGUAGCUGUUCGUAAAACGCCCUAUCCAUUUUUUCCAGGGCUAGAUAAAUCGAAAGGAUCAUGUGGGGUGGCAACAGUAUGCAACCCGGCAUGGGAGGAGGUAGGUAGAUUGGCUAAAUCGAACCUGGUGGUUAGAUAUUGCUCGUUCGGUUCUGGGUGUUUUUCGACACAUUUAAAUAUGCCGCUGUUGAAUUGCUGCAUUUGUGUGCGGAAAGUUCUGGACGUGAUGAAAUGCGCUCCUGAUGUUUAUUUGUCGAUUAAAGCAAACGCCCUGUAUUCAUCUCACCGGUUUCCUUACCUCGCAUAAUUUAAUUUGAUGUUCCAGGUCAGCAACAACAAAAUCAAUUGAAGCAUGACAUUUUUGUCGGUAAUCUUGCCUUCAACACGACGGAGGAACAGCUGCACCAGACAUUUUCCGAGAUUGGCCGCGUGAUAAAGGUGCGAUUGGUUACCGAUGUGGAAACCGGCAAGCCAAGAGGGUUUGCCUUUGUCGAAUUCGAGGACCCGCAGGCGGCGCUUAGUGCGAUCCGAAACAUGAACGACUACGAACUAAACGGCAGGCGUUUGAGGGUCAACUUUAGCAAUAGCAGUCACUUGGAAGCUCUGGCUAGUAAACUCGGAAUGGACCUCUCCCAGCAUCAAAGUCGGCAGUCUUCAUCGUCCGCUGCAAAUAACAAUGCGACACAACAACCUCAUCAUAGUGCUGGCACCAACGCAGUAGCGGAUUCCCUGAAAACCAUGUCCAAGGGUGAAAUGUACGACAUUGUGGCAAAGAUGAAAGAAAUCGCUGAUCGAGACCCGGACGAAGCUCGUCGCCUCCUAGCCGGGCACCCACAAUUGCCCGAGGCUAUGCUAUUCAUCAUGAGUAAAUUAGAUAUGGUCCAAACUGCCCUGUCGGUCAAAUCUAGCAUGCCCCAGGCUGCUCCAAUGGGCAUUCAGUUGCCGGUCCCACCCACAAGAGUAGCCGACCCCCGAGCUAGGGCAUUGGAUCCCCGGGCCGCAGCUGCUGCUGCAUCGACGUCGUCUUCCUCGGGAAUGGGUUCUAUGGCGAGCGAUCCAAGAAGUGCAGUGACGCCGGUGGCCCCGCCCCGAGCAGAUCCGAGAGGUCGUGUGGAUCCCCGUGCGAGAGCAGCAGCCAUCCCUGCUCCUCCGAUGGCCCCACCACCGCGUCCCAAGUACGGGGUUCCUCCACCUCCGAUGCAGCCGCCACCUCCACCCUCUGCACCCGGUCUCGCCAAUCUAGAUCCGGCGCUGGUCCGACAGGUGAUGUCUCUCACGCCCGAAAUGAUUUCUCAGCUUCCUCCUCACAAACAACAAAGUAUAUUAGCCUUACGGCAACAAAUCAGUGGGUCUGGGAUGUAAUGUAUACUAGCAACAGAAAUAUAAUUCAACUUUCGCGUGCGGUUCGUUUUGCACUAGAAUUCAGGCACGGUGGUGAAACACGGCGGUCGAUACUUUUUUGUCGUAGCUGGUAUGUUGGUUGGUUUGUAAUAUGAAAACUAUACGAUUAAAAUAAAAA